AUGCACCUAAUUAUCACCUAUAAAAUGAUCCUAUUUGGAAUUCAGAUUGACCUUCAUAAAAUUGGGAACAAUGUGGAGCAAACUUACUGCGGAGAUCUUGUCAUCGGCCUGCGCUUCUCGCCUCUUAGCCCAGACGACAUCAAUUACAAGUCACAAUGGAAUACUAUGGCAAAUGAUCCUCUUGAUCAGUUGGGCUUUCUGGAAGUUUGGGUGAAGGAGGGUAAAAAUCUUCUAUCUCAAACUCAAGGUAGCAUCUUAAAUGUCUAUACCAAAAUGUGA